CUUGUGUCCCCGGACUGAGCGGGUUCACUGUCCGUGGUGCUGAAAGCGACCAGCCGCUGUCCGUGGUGCUGAAACACCCUCCCGGUGCCGUCAGGUGAGAACUGGUCCACGUGCUGUUUUUAUCUGAUUAAAGACAACAUGAAGAGUGACUCGGAAGAGCAGGCAGGUGUGUGUGUGUGUGUGUGUGUGUGUGUGUGUGUGUGUGUGUGUGUGUGUGUGUGUGUGUGUGUGUGUGUGNUGUGUGUGUGUGUGUGUGUGUGUGUGUAACGUUGCAGACAGCAGCGCUGCUCCUGAACGCAGCCCGCCGCUCUCGUCUCGCGAUAGAAGCAGCUCCGGAGCUCUGACGGGCAGCCGAGGUUGCAGCAGGCAGAGGGAGACGGCGGAAGGCAGAGCUGGGAGGCGGCAUCAUGGCGGACAGAGACAGUGGCAGUGACCACGGAGGGCCCGUCGCAGGCCCCGGCUCGCUGCCCCCCGGCGCGAUGGGCGCCAUGUCCCGGCUGCAGCACGACACCGAGGAGCUGGCGUCCAAGCGCGUCGACAUCCAGAACAAGCGCUUCUACCUGGACGUGAAGCAGAACGUGAAAGGCCGCUUCCUGAAAAUAGCCGAGGUCGGGGCUGGGGGGAACAAGAGCCGCCUCACUCUCUCCAUGUCCGUGGCCGUGGAGUUCCGCGACUACCUCGGGGACUUUAUCGAACACUACGCCCAGCUGGGCCCCACCAACCCGGACCUGGUGCAGGACGAGCCCCGGCGGGCGCUGAAGAGCGAGUUCCUGGUGCGGGAGAAUCGGAAAUAUUACAUGGAUCUGAAGGAGAACCAGAGGGGGCGGUUCCUGAGGAUCCGGCAGACCGUUAAUCGGGGGCCCGGACUGGGCAGCGCGCAAGGCCAGACCAUCGCGCUGCCGGCGCAGGGGCUCAUCGAGUUCCGCGACGCGCUGGCCAAACUCAUCGACGACUACGGCGUGGACGAGGAGCCGGCGGAGCUGCCGGAGGGCACGUCGCUCACGGUCGACAACAAGCGCUUCUUCUUCGACGUGGGCUCCAACAAGUACGGCGUGUUCAUGCGCGUGAGCGAGGUGAAGCCCACCUACCGGAACUCCAUCACGGUGCCCUGCAAAGUCUGGUCCAAAUUCGGCAACACCUUCUGUAAGUACGCGGAGGAGAUGCGGAAGAUCCAGGAGCGGAGUAGAGAGAAGCGGGCCCCGGAACUGCUGCCCGAGGGCCCGCACGGAGGAGACGACGGAGACGAGGACUGAUCCCGGAGGACGGGGACAACCGAGACAAACUGAACCGUGUGAAAGAAAAGGACAUUUUAAAACUGUAAUAUAGAAGGAGAAUCUCCAAGGGAAUCACCCCCACCACCCCAACACACACACACACACAGACACACAACCUCCACAGACAUGGCAGCACCUCCUGCUGCCUCCUUCCUCAUUUCUCUGGAUGUCACCCCACUUUCCACCCAUGUAACAGUAAGCCGCUGCUAUCAAGGAUCAAC